GCCUAAGCUUGUGAAUGUGUCAGUGUUGAACUUUUUAAUAAUUUUCUUUGUUUAUUUUACUUUAAGUUAUAUUCUUUGAAAUUUCUUCUAUGAUUUAUCGCUUGAUUUAACGAACUUAUGUUUUUUUUUGGUUCUUAAUCGUUUGAAUAUGGGUACGAGCACAAUGGGUAGCGAUUUACAUUCCGAUAAGCAGGACAAACUGUUAAAACUACAAGCUCGAAAAAAAGAAUUGGAGCUAAUGUUAGCAACCAAAAAUGAAGAGCUAUAUAAGUUAUGUGUGCAAGAAGUACAGUUGACGGGUGUUAUGCCCUUAGAAGUACCUCUAAGCCCAGAAGUUCCACAAAGGGAACGAUUAGGUAGUGUACGUAGCGUCGAUAGGUCCACGGAUGGGACGGACGUUCAAGACGGCUCCGAUAACUCUUCGAGACGUCUUAGAGCUGUGUCUGACCGCAUACAUGAUUCCGAUCCAAAUUUGCGAAAGAAUCUUACCCACAGACUGUCUACACCUUCGAUAUCAGGUAUUUCAUCAAAAAGUGCUCAUUCUAGGCAUGUCCGCAGGCCUGAGACCAGUUGCUCAAACUUUUUUCCAUCGCCACCCCAAGAACGAAAUCCGGAAACAUUUUCUAUACACACAUCUCAUACUUAUCCUGCUUUGGCUGGCCGUCACGAAUCUGUUCCUCAUGAUAAUCUGCACAAUGAACUUCAACAAGGUCCUGUAUACCGCCAUCAUACUUUAACAACUGAAUACACAAAUAAGAUCUAUUAUAAUAAUUCAGCAGAAGCAAAUAAUGUGUCACGCUUGAGAGAGACUCAUUUCAGCUCCAGUCACCCUGAUAUAACAACUAAUUAUACUCACGGCUCUGUUGCGCCACACCCUAUGCCUGCACACAAUGGAAUGCGCAAUACUCCACUCCUGUAUCAAUAUGCAUCACAUUUAAAAUCACAGAAUCAACAUCUUGGAGUUUUAAAUCACCACCACCAAAUGCAAAUGCAAUCCAAAAGGAGAACAGAUGGUGUUCGAAGAAAUACUUUACAACGCACUCAGACAUACCACCUCACAUCACACAGUGAUUAUAAUCAUCACUUAGAAAACAUGACUGAUGUAUACCGACCACCUGCACCGGUUUAUCAACAUAGAUCACAACCUGACAUACAAGAUCAACCAACAGAAAGACGACAGAAUCCAAUAGAAAGAACUAUACCUGUUCCGAACACUCUACCUCUCCGUGAACGUAAUAUGGUAAGAAAUCCCCUUCAAUUGCAGCUGCAAGUAUCUACUGAUGAUUAUAUAAUUGAUGAUAGACGGCAUUAUCCAGAUGCCUUAAGCCCCGUGAGCCAAAUGUCGGGAUAUUCACAAAGUAAUUUUGAUUCUGUUAGCAUGAAUAAAUUUUCACCUCUAUCCCAAGAUAUGAAAGUGAAAGAAAAACAUUGGUAUGAGACAUCACUAGACUCCCCGACAAAAAGUGAGGUGCCUGUAUUAAAGAAAAGUGCAAGCUUGAAACGCACUCCGAGUAUAGGUAAUUCUCAAACUUACGAAAUAAUGAUUUCAUCAGGUCGUCACUCGGCUAUGCAGAGUCCAAACCAUGUACCACAUAGUCCCCCUGUAUUAUCGCCAAGUGCUGUAUCACUUGAAUCGCCUAAAAAUAUGACAGUUAUUGAACAAGGUAAAUGUAUACCAUACAGAGAAGAAACUAAACCAUUUGAGAUGUCAGACUUUUAUAAAUACUCAACAAAAUUCAGGCAGACUAAUGUUCAAAAAGCACCUAUGCCAAAUCCUGCCCAUAAUGCCAGUACAAUGUACAAUAAACUGCCACUGGAGCUGCCACAGUUUAGCCAGGACCAUUGGCAUGGACAUGGUAACUGAAAAUUUUCAUUUGUAAGUAAAAGCAUAUUUUGUUUUCAUAUUUAGGUAGCCUACCUUUAUGGUAAAUUAAUGGCUGCCUAAAAUUUCUUGAAUUAAUUUAUAUUUGAAGUUAAGUUAGUUUUAGUUGUAGGUACUUAAAUAUAAAAUUAUAAACAAGAUCUCUAGUUUAAUUUAGUUUUGUAUAUAUUUUGAUUAACUACAUUAUAUAUUUUGGUAUUCUAUAUAAUUAUAAAGUUAUUAUAUAUAAAUUCACUGUUUAAAAAUACAUGCCAUAAAAAUUAGGGAGUCAAUUUGUAUAAAAUCAUCUUGGUCAAGAUGUGUUACUGUGAUAGUUUUUGUGCAAAAAGUAUAAAUUGCAAGUAGAUGUAUGUCCAGCUAAUAUAGAGUAUGUAUAAUAUGUAUAAUAAUAUAGAGUAUGAGUAACUAUAUCUACAUUUUAUAACAAAAUUUACAAGGUGCCAACUUUUUUAACUUUUAUAUCAAAACAAUAAAGAAGGUUCUGCUAAUUUAAAAUUUAUUAUAAAUUAUAACAUGCUUAAAAAUUAAUAUUUGAGUCUUGAUAUUACAGAUAGUUGAAUUUUGUCCUUCUUUUGCAACCUUGCCGAUAGCACCAACACAAUUUCUUGUUGCAUUAUAAUAAUUGUUUAUCAUGAAACAAUCUAAAAUAUUAUGUUAUAAUUAGAGAAAUAAAUAAAUGUCUGUGACAUUUAAGUAAAUUAAGUGAUAAUGAAUAUGAAAAAAAAGUGAAUACUUAUUUUGUUAUGCUUGACAUAUCAUUGGUCAAUUAAAAAUAAGAAAAAAAAAGAAGUAUAUAUUAAACUUAAAUAUAUUACGUCCAUGACAGAUUAUGUAAAAAAAACUUUAUAUAGAUGUAAUAUAUAAGGUAAAACAAAUUGAAUUAUUUGUAAAUGUAAAUUUGUGGUCUUUAUUGUGCUUAGUUUGAGAUUGUUAUAGUGCCCAUUUAUUUCAAUAUAUGUUGAGCUUAAUUUAGGACUGUGCUCUGGUUGUUGCUGUGUACCUAAUACUACUGUUAAAUACCUUAUGAUAUCCUGUAAGUUCAAACAACCAUGACUGAUCAAGAUAUGUACAAUUUAAUUAGAACAUGACAUUCAUAUAUACAGAGGAUCAUUAAAAUUAAAUUUAGUUUAGUUAUUUUCUUUAAUUGGGUAAAUAUCAGUUAUUUUGACUAGAGAUGGGCCGAAUAUGUUGUUUUACUUAAUAGAAUCGUUGAAAAUGUAAAAGAAAUUGUCUUAGAAAAUAUGACAAAAUGUAGUUAUUUUAAAUAUAUUAAUAAUACUUUUCAAAGAAUUAAUUAAAUAGAAAAAAAUUUUAAUUUUUAUUUUAGAUAAAGUUUUGUUUUAGAUAAAACAAAAAUUGGUAUUUUGUAAUAAAAAAAAAACUUCUUUUUGGUCUUUAUAUUAUUAUGAUUUUAUCAAUACAAAUAUCAAUAACCUCUUCAUUUUUCAAUUUUUUAUUUUUUAAUAAGCAUUAUGGGGAAGAAUAAUAAUAAAUAUUUACAGCCAUAUUUAUGAACUUUGUUUAUCAGGUGAUUAGUUAAACAAUGCAGUGUAACUUUUCAAAUGUAAAUUAUAGAUAAACACAGAGCUAACUUUUUGAAUGCAAGUUUGAUUGCAGAAUGUUCUGCUUUUUACCGAAGAAAAGCUGACCAGUCGACCAGCAGGGUAUGACAAAAACCAUUAAUACAACAAAUUCGGUCCAUCCCUAGUUUUAACCUUAAUGUUUUCACAUAAUUGGUGAAAUUAUUUAUAGUUUGUGACUCCUAUGUUUGUUUCUAUAUACUUAUUCAUUUUUCAAUAAUAUCCAACUCUCAAAAGAACCUUGAGUAUUUGAUUUAAUAAAUGUAUAUUUAAGGUAUUUUUUACCAUUCUAAGGUAUUCCAUUCUAGGAUAUUUUUUAUAGUUGCAAUUGUUGUUGUCAAAUUGUCUUGAAAUUGACUAAUAUAUUUAUUAAAUUAUAUCAAACAGCCUUAUAAUGUUGUACUUGCCAAGCAAUUUAAGCUAUUGAAAUUGCCUUUGAUUGUCGCUCAUUGAUUAUAAUUAUUAAUUAAGCGCUAAGGAAUAAAUAUUGUGUGAUUGUAUAUAAAGUACAUAAUAAUUAAUUAUUGGAGUAGAUUGUUUUUAUAAUUAAUAUUUGAAUUGUAAUUAUAUCAAAAUUUUGAUGAGAAGAUAUUUUUGUAACUUGUUUAUAAUAGUCAAUUGUGCAAAUGCACAGUUUUAUUUAAUAAAGCU